GAGAGAGAGAGAGAGAGAGAGAGACGUAGGAGUGGCAGUGAGUGAGCGUGAAAGUCAGCGAGAAGGUAGGCGAGAUGAUUGAAGUACGGGAACCUCGGAUGGGCGGCGAUGGACUGAAACCUCCGUCACCCUACAAGAUGAUACCUACCAACCACACCCACCUCGGGAACACCUUCGCCGAGAUCUCCAUUGCAGGAAUGUCGCGGGCGUGCGUGUCCUCCUGUCCUCGGGUGCAGCGGGGCGUGUGGACUCUGGCGCUGCUUACCUGCACAGCCCUCAUGAUGGCACAGGUGUGGGACAGAGUCACUUACUACCUGUCCACUCCCGUCACUGUCAAUGUGCGAGUGACGAGGAACCAGACGCUCAGGUUCCCAAUCGUGUCAUUUUGCAACAAGAAUCGGUUUAACAUGACGGCGGUGCGGCAGAUCCAGGAGGAGCGAGCGUCCCGCCUGGGGGAGACCAACGCCUCGGUGGUGUCUGGCUGGGACCUCCCUCACCUCAUAGACGACGCUAACAUGGACGCUAUGGAGGUUUGGGCACGUUCAUCUCACUCCUUGGGAAACAUGGUGAAGGAGGAGGCACAUGUGGGUGGCUGUUCUUCAGCUACUAAGCGAACCCUUGAAAAACAGCCACUCUCUGGCAGCACUCCAACUCGAGUGACCAAGAUCACACCCCGUGUGCAAGGGCUAAGCAGCACCGACAUGGACUGA